CAAAAUUUUCCUUCAUUUUCAGGCAUAUUUUACUUGUCGAUAUCGGGUCAACCCGAUCCAUUUGAAAAAAACCCUGACUCACUGAGAAAUUGAAUUUCUCACUCUCAAGGCGGGAGAAUUACCACCGCCCACCGGCCCACGAAUCCACUUUCUCUGUAAUCAGUCGCCGGAAAAGCUCGAACUCUUGGCUAGAACUCACAUCAGUUUCAAUCACCACCGCUGCAAGCGAAUUGUGAAAAAAAAAUGUCGAAGUUCGAGUACCCAAGGCUCCCCCGCCACGAGAUCAUUGCGGUACUGGCCGAAUCCCAAAUCGCCGCCGUGUCGGAGGCGGACCUCCUCCACCCCGACCCCGACUUCAUAUGCAACCUGUACACGCACAUUUUCCUCCACAUGGACGCUCUCCAGCAGGAGGAUCCGGGGCAGGUGGAAUUCGGGGCGCUGGAGCAGCUUGAAAACCCGGAUUACCAUGCGCACUCAGUUCAGGUCAUUAAUUUGUACGAAAAAAUCCGAAAAUUUAUCGCCGCCGUCAAUUGCCCUAGAGCCUUCACUCCUAAAGACUUGAUGAAGCCGGAGACUGAACGCACGGAGCUUUUUCUCGGCGCCCUACUCAAUUUUCACCUCCACAGACACACGAAACUGAAUCUAUUGAAGCCAAUUGGGGAUGAUUUGGAUGCUUUUGAGGAGAGACGAGUAGCCGCUGAAGCUAGAAUAUCACAGUUGAAUGCGGAGAUAGCAGAGUGUGAGGAGUUGAGAGAGAGUGAAUUGCCGCUUAUCCAAGAAAAAAAAUCUCAAAACAAGGAACUGCAUCAGACGGUUUCAGGUCUUAACAAGCAUCAAAUGAGCUUGAAGACUUCACUUAAACAAUUGAAGGAAAAAUGCAAAGAAAUUGACGACAAGAUAUCUAAUGCUGAAUUUGAAUACGUUCAAAGUGUCCAAGAAAAUGCCAGUUUACGUUCAAAACUUGUCCAGUCACCGGACAAACUUCAGAGGGCUUUGAAAGAGAAAAAAUCGCUCCAAAUUGAGAAGAAAAAUGCUGAACGAGCUGCAGUACAAUCUUUUCAGGAUAAGACUGCCACACUUGAGGCCUAUGCUAAGGCUUGCAAGAAAAUGUCCAAGCAAUAUGCUCAGAUGCAAGCUGUGCAAGAGCAGGUAAAUUCUGCAAAGUCGGUUGAUAAAGAUGUGAAGGUCCUCAAAAGUAAGCUUAGUGAUGAAGGAGUUUUGAUUAAGUCGCACGAAGCAAAACUUAUGGAACUGCAAUCAAAAGCCGACAAGUUAAAAGAAUUCAAAAGGCAGCUGGAAAAGGAGAGAGCUCUCCACCAUGAGGAAGGGAGCAAAGAGUUAAAUAAUGUGAGAUUAGAAGUGGAAUCAAAAAGGCAUGCAUUAGAAUUGAGUCAGAGAGAGGUGGAAUCGAUAGUUGCGGAGGCGGAGGCUAUAACUUCAAAGAAGAGAAUUGUAAAGGAGGAGGGAGAAGCUAAAAUGCUGCAAUUAGGCCGUAAAUUUGAAGAAAUUGUGACAGAGUUCGAAAACUACUACAAGUCGAUGAAUAACUUGAUGCCGAUGAAUGUACUAGACAAAGAAGUCGUUCGUGGAAGGAGCUGAUUUUUUUAUAUGUGCACUUGGUUAAUCUAUCUAUGGCUGGGCGCCCAUGGUAGAGCUUUCACUUUACUAUACCUCACUUCUGAGUUGUUAUUUAACUUAUUAUGUAAGAUAGUUUUUUUUUUUUUAAAUUGAUUUUGUGUGUUAUUACAGCACAUUUAAAUAAACUGCUAAAAGAAUCUUGUAUUAUAUUGAAACUAAUAGAUUGUAAUAUAUGUGUGACUGUUUGUGUAGUG